AUGGCGCUGUCGGGUUUGGUGACCUGCCUACUGGUCGGCUUCACAGCUGCGGCAACGGUCACACUUGACUGGAAUAUCACAUGGGUGAAUCGCAACCCGGACGGCAUGGCUAUGAGGCCCGUGAUAGGCAUCAACAACCAAUGGCCACUGCCACAACUCAAUUUCACACGCGGCGACAAUGUGGUGGUCAAUAUGCACAAUCAGGUUCGCCUUGUCCUACGCUUGCACAGCUAUUUUUCGCUCCUGACCCUUGACUAGCUUGGGAAUGAGACUGCCAGUCUGCACUUUCAUGGACUCUACCAGAACGGUACAAAUGAAAUGGAUGGCCCUCCAGGUGUGACACAGUGCGAUGUUCCAACUGGGUCUACCAUUGUCUACAACUUUACGGUAGGUCAUGCGAGAUGCUAGAAUCAGGGCGUGAACACGUCAUCUGACAGAGCCUUGGAUCUGGUCUCAAAGACUGGUAAUGAGAGAUGCGAUGAUACUGACGAGUACUUAGGUCGACCAACCUGGCACAUACUGGUAUCACUCACACAGCCGAGGCCAAUACCCUGACGGCCUACGCCAGCAGUUCAUCAUCACCGAUCCCGAAAAUCCAUAUCUCGGCAAAUAUGACAAAGAGGUUGCAUUCACUCUGUCCGACUGGUAUCAUGAUGAGAUGCCAGGACUGUUGAAGGAAUUCAUCAGCGUGACGAAUCCAACUGGCGCUGAGCCAGUGCCCAAUUCGGCCUUGAUGAACGACACUCAGAACCUUACGGUGCCUGUAGAGCCUGGAAAGACAUACUUCUUCCGUCUGACCAACGUUGCGGCUUUCGCGGGAAUGUAUUUCUGGAUCGAGGGUCACAAGCUGAGUGUCAUCGAGGUUGACGGCGUGUAUACUGAGCCUGCAGAGGCCGAGUUACUUUACAUCACGGCCGCCCAGCGCUACGGUUUCCUCGUGACAGCCAGAAACGAUACCUCCGGCAAUUUCCCCAUGGUGGCGAGCAUGGACACCUCACUGUUCGAUUCUUUCUCCCCGGAUCUGCCGAUCAACGUAACGGGCUGGCUCAUGUACGAUGAUAGCAAGUCCAGACCGUCGCCCGCUCUUCUGGACAACUUCGAUAACGAGUUUGAUGACUUCACGCUGAAGCCUCAAGAUGGGAUGGAGCUUCUUGAUCAUGCUGAUUACUCCUUUAAUCUCAAUCUGACGAUGGAUGACUUGGGCAAUGGCGCCAACUACGCUUUCUUUAAUGGGAUCACAUAUGUCACUCCGAAGGUGCCAACGCUCUACAGCGCCCUCUCCACUGCUAACUUUGCCACGAACGACACCGUCUACGGCCGCGAUACGAACGCCCACGUCCUACCUCAUAACGAAAUCAUCGAGAUUGUCCUGAACAACGAGGAUACUGGUCGGCAUCCAUUUCACUUGCACGGCCACAAUUUCCAGGUGUUGUAUCGAAGCCCGGAAAAUUGGGGCGAUUUUGACUCGAACAAUCACACUGCGUAUCCGGCUGUGCCAAUGCGAAGAGACACACUUGGCGUGCGGCCGACUGGCAAUUUUGUCAUCCGAUUCCGCGCCGACAACCCCGGCGUGUGGUUGUUCCACUGUCAUCUCGGUAAGCCUUAAGCUCUCUUCCACCUCAUAACCUGCUGGCGAAUUCGCUGGCGGACUUGACCUCAGUGAAGGUCCACCCCUAAAUUCCAAUCAAAUAUUGAAACGAAGCUCCAUGCCCUUCAGGGAAAGUCCCGCACUUCUCCGAGGCACAGACAAAAGUUUAAUCCGAGCCCGCCAGCAGGUUAUGAGAUAUAUAGCAUUACUUGCAGAGAGCAUGAACCGUGUGCUAAUCUUUCGCAGAAUGGCAUCUGGCCAGUGGACUUGUUGCCACGAUGGUGGAGGCUCCCUUGCAGCUGCAGAAGAACCUAACCAUUCCGCAGAAUCACCUGGACGUUUGCAACGCCAUCGGCACACCGGUCAAGGGUAAUGCUGCAGCAAACACGAUCGACUUCCUGAAUCUUGAUGGCCAGAAUUUGAGCCCAGCACCGUUGCCAGCCGGCUUCACGACGAAGGGAAUCGUGGCUCUUGUGUUCAGCUGCAUCGCCGCCGUCCUCGGAAUGGCUGUCAUUGCAUGGUAAGCAAUUGCACCUUUUGCAUGUGAUCGCACCAAGAUAGCGACUCUCAUAUCGAGCCAAUUGACGGGUACUGACACAUCUGAAACAGGUACGGUGCGGCUCCACUGAGCUCCAGUGAGAUGAGCCAGACGAGAAGAUUCGUUGCGAAGGCAGGUUAG